AAUUUAUCUAUUUGAGGAAAGAAGUGCAAAGUUCUUUUAAAUCAAGAGGGCACAACGAAAUUCUGAAACAUUUGCAAUUUUCAAUAUAUUUGACAUUAAAAUAGAAAAUCAUUAAAAAUGGAGGAAUAUACGAGAGAACCAUGCCCGUUUCGAAUCAUUGACGAUUGUGGCGGUGCGUUUUCAAUGGGAUGUAUUGGAGGUGCUGUUUUCCAAAGCAUUAAAGGUUUUAGAAAUGCACCGUCAGGCUUCAACCGAAGACUUGUAGGAAGUUUAACAGCAAUUAAACAACGAUCACCAAUCAUAGCUGGUAAUUUUGCUGUAUGGGGUGGUGUAUUCUCGAUGAUCGAUUGUACUUUAAUACAUUUCCGUAAAAAAGAAGAUCCGUGGAAUUCAAUAAUAAGUGGAGCAGCCACUGGUGGCAUAUUAGCUGCACGAAAUGGUGUUCCAGCAAUGGCUGGUAGUGCAUUAAUAGGUGGCGUUCUCUUAGCAUUAAUUGAAGGUGUUGGUAUUAUGGUUACACGAAUGUCAGCUGAAACAUUCAGUCCUGAUGCACAAGUACAAGUUCAGGAUGAUAGUGGGGGACCUUUAGGUGCGUUUGGUAGACCAAACGCAUACCAAUAAAA